AUGGCGGGACAGGCCUUCAAGCGAUCCUCGAGGCAGCCGCUUGCAAGACAUGGCCAACGAAUUCUGCUGGUGCUGAUCAUUGUCUCGAUCUUCAUUUUGAUCCAUAAGCUGUUUAUGACCAAAACUUACCAUCCUAUGGGAGGGGAAUUUCCCCGGAAGAUCUGGCAGACGUGGAAGACGGAGGCAGCUGGGCUCGAUCCCAAAGAUGCGGCUAGAGUCCGUACCUGGACUCGGAAAAAUCCAGAGUAUCGAUACGAGCUUCUCACCGAUGAGAACAGUCUGAGUUACGUUAGACAUCAUUUCGGAUCCACUGGCCUCAACCGACCCGACAUUGUCCAUGUCUUUGAAACACUAAACGCUAAAAUUAUCAAAGCGGACCUCCUCCGAUAUCUGGUGAUGUACGUUGAAGGCGGCCUCUAUGCUGAUAUUGAUGUGGAAUGUCUCAAGCCUAUCGAAUUCUUCGUUCCGAACCGAUACACUGAAGAGGAGAUUGACCUGGUGGUUGGAGUAGAAACCGACAUGCCAGACUUUAAGGACCAUCCUAUCUUAGGUCAAAAGGCUCAAUCGCUUGUUCAGUGGACUUUCAUGGGGAAACCAAGACUGCCAGUCAUGCUGAGGCUAAUUGAUAACAUCAUUCAUUGGCUGAAUCGAGUCUCGAAACAGCAGGGCAAACCCAUCUCCGAUAUCAAGUUAGAUUUCGACGAUGUACUCGUCGGCACAGGUCCGUCCGCCUUCACAGCGGCGAUUUUAACAGAGAUGUCGGUCCAGACUGGAAGACAGGUUACAUGGGACGAGUUCCAUGGCAUGCUGGACUCUAAGGUCGUCGCCGGUGUUCUUGUGCUGACUUCAGAAGCUUUUGCUGCUGGUACAGGGCACUCAGACUCUGGCACUCACUCGGGUAAGAGUGCCCUAGUUCAACAUCAUUUCCAUGCCUCAUCAUGGCCGACCAACCACCCGAGAUUCAAGCAUCCAAUCUAUGAUGAAGUGGAGAGGUGCAACUGGAACACAGAGUGUAUCAAGCUGUGGGAUUCAAAUACCGCAUUUUUCAAUUCCCUUGCUGAGGAAGAUCAACUUAAGCUGGUCGCCGCAAAGAAACUCGAGGAUAAGAAGCACCCACUCAGGGUCGAUGACCAAGGCUUGAUUGGCGUUAUGAGCCCCGUGGGUGGUGAUACUCACGCUGCAGCGGAAGAAAUGCCCGCGGACCAACACCCACUUCAGGAACCAGAGCAAGUCGGCGGCAGAGCGCCACCAGGAGAUCGCAGGCCUGGCCAUAGACAUGGCCAUCUGCAUCUACAUCUUCCCGGGCCUGAUACCUCAGAUGACAACCCUGUGGACUGA